UUUUUACCGACAGCGAGAGGCGGAGGAGGUGGGCAGGGAAGACAGAGCUGGAGAGAAGAGGCCGCAGGCAGGAAGGAGGGAGGUUUUGCCCGAAACCGUGCAGAAAACAACCCACCUGGACAUACAGGAAGCCAGACCUCCGAGAGAGGGGCAGACAGAGGGGAGGCUGACCGAGGCCGAAGCCGAGACGGAGAGGCAGGGAGGCGGAGGCAGGGAGGACGUCAGGGGCACGAAGGAGGGAUAGAGCAGUACGACCGAGCAAAGACACAGAGGGAGAGGAAGAGGAAGGAGAAAUCAGAGAGGAGAGAGGAAGGAGCCAGAGGGAGAGGAAGGAGUAAUCAGAGGAGAGAGGAAGGGCAGAGAGGGUGAAGAAGAGGAUGGCAUGUCACUUUUCGAUUGGCUGGCGCGGGCGGCAGCUCCUGGCCCUGGGCAUCGCUGCCCUCCUGCUCUUCAUCGGCUCGGCCUGGCUCCCAGAGACGAGGCUGCAGGACUGCUCUGCAUUCUGGCCCUGUAUGAGCCUUUACAACACUGCUGUUGAUGGGAGCCUCAAUCCUGAGGCUGGCAGUCCAGUGUCCAGUGUUGGUAGCUCACAGCCCAUUCCUCAGUGUCCAGAUCAGAGGUUCCAGAUGAGCCGGGUGGUGAGGGAGUUCACUGACGCUGUGACCGAGGACCAAGACGUGCUGCUGGAGCACUACCUGUCCGGCUGGGAGGAGCUGGUCAAGUUCAUGGAGGCACUGGGCUCCGUGUUGGGCUUCAUCUCCCAGGAUGUGACUGGGAAGAUUGGAGUGGUCCGAGAGCUGGCCCUGGGGGGCUCGGAUCGCGCCAGUGGCGAUGCCUACCGCACCCUGCGCUCCAUGAUCCGGAUGGAGCUCGCCCGAGGGAUUGUGAACUUCCGGGUGAAGACCGCCUCCGGCUGCCGGACCGUGCUGGUGCUGAACCGGGCCCUGAAGUGGCUGGAGCUCUUCCUGGAGAAGCUGGGCCGGGACAAGCGCCGCAGCCCGUCGGAGCUGUGCCGCGAGGCCUACCUGCAGGCCCUGGCGCGCCACCACAGCUGGCUGAUGCAGCGGGCGGCCGAGCUGGCCUUCCUGGCCGUGCCCGAGCGCCCCGAGUUCCUGCACAUCGUGUGCGCGCGCGACGAGCAGGGCGUGGCCAGGGUGCUGGGCAGUGCCCUGCCGGCCAUCGGGCGGGUCUACAACCUGACUAGGGACACGCUGGCGGAGCACAACAUGCUGAACCUGCCCUAGAGGGGGAGACAGAGAGCAGCUGACUGCAGCACGGUGCAGGGCAACACUGUACAACACAACACAGAGCUGCACUUUAUAACACAGCACAGGGCAACACUGUAUAACACAGCACAGAGCUGCACAGCGCAGGGCAACACUGUACAACACAGAGCAGAGGAGCCCAGCACUGUGCAGGGCAACACUGU